AUGGGUAACUGGCGUUUGGCACAACGCAACUUGAAACUGAAGAGAUCAUAUCAGACGAGCUAUCAGAGCAAUAUCCCGGGCAACUCUGGGAGACAGGAUGGUGGAACAGAACUUGCAGUGUUUCAGAAGAAAAAGGUGCUCACUGAGAGUUAUGAGAGAGAGAAGCCCGGGGAAGGAGCACAAUUCAGAGGACACAAUAACCAAGUCAGAGAAGAAGACCCUAGGAAUGAUGUUUGUCAAGCAGGUAAAAGGGGCAAGUGGGAAUAUGACCAAGGAAAGAGGAAUGAGAGCCAAUUGAGUCAUGGUGGUAAGAGGAAGAGUGGAAAAGGUUGGGGACGUCAGAUGAAAAGAGGGAAAGGAGGGCAUGGCUCCCGGGAAAGACCGGAAUCGAGAAGAUGUCCCACUCGUCCCAGAAUGACAGUGGAAGAACUCAAUAAUAAACUGGCUUCAUGUACCAUAAACACAGAAGGCCAACCAGGUACUAAUCGAAAUGUCAGCAUCUCCAGUGCAGAAAGCAAUUUCUUUGAAAAAAUGGAGAUUGAGAUGCCCAUUGUUAAAAGUCCUCCUGAGGCUCCAAAGUAA